GUUUUUGAGAAGAAGAUUUUUAAAGAUUUUCUCUAUAUAUUCCUAUGUAAAACUUGAUCCCCCUAUUUUGGCCCCACCCUACCCACGGGGACCAUGAUUUGUACAAACUUGAAUCUACACUACCUGAGGAUGCCUCCACAUAAGUUUAAGCUUUUCUGGCCAAAAAGUGUUUGAGAAGAAGAUUUUUGAAAAAUACCAACAAAUUUUCAAUAAUUCUCAAUUAUCUCCCCUUUAAAGAGGGCGUGGCCCUUCAUUUGAACAAAUUUGAAUUCCCUUCACCAAGUGAUGCUUUGUGCCAAAUUUGGUUGAAUUCUGUCCAGUGGUUCUGGAGAAAAAGAAGAAAAUGUGAAAAGUUUACAACGACAACGCCGCCGACAACGACAACGCCAAUGCCGACGACAGACAACGGGCAAAUUUUGAUCUGAAAAGCUCAGAUUGUGUGUUAUUAGGAACGCCUUCCUUUAUGAACUGGACUGGAUUGAGAAUACCUGUUGCGUUGAUAAGGUAUCUGCGGUGUGUACACAGCGAUCACAAAAGGGCCUCUGUGAAGAAAUCGAGAAACGGCGCGCGACUAGGAGCGGCAACAGUUUAAAAAGUGACAUCGAUUUUUCAUUUACAUUUUAAACUGUGAACAUCAUAACUAAAAUUGGCACAAUAAAUCAAAGAGCGUCCCUGGCUACAGAGUGAUGCAUUGGACAUCAGCAACUAGGAAGUAAAACUCGAGCGGCGAACGGGUUAUUCCCGGAAUUCGAUUUGCUUGUGUUUGCUAAGCUGUCUUGUUUGUUUGACCAAUUUGAAAUGGAGACAUGAAAGCAAGGGAUAAAAGCGAAAUAUAGGAUUUAUUUAAUCAGCAGAAGUAAAAAAAAAUUGAUAAAAAAUGGGAAGUGGUGGGUCUAAAUCUACAGACAGUCAGAAAAAUGGACCGAAAGCGGAUGUCUUGAAAGAAACAGACGAGGAACCAAUUUCUCUUGAUGACAUCGUGGAAGGAUAUCCUCCCCCUAAAGCAGUGCGUGAUAAAAAGAGACAUAUCUUCACGGAGGAGGACAAGAAAGUAUCAGACAGUAGGGCCAAUACAAUACGAGUGGAGGAUUAUCAAACUUUUGAAGAGCUGUCCCGCGCUCUCACCGAGGGCUUACAGAAUGACGUGCAGAAAGUGCGAGCUAUCUUCACCUGGAUCGGCCUCCAGGGAACCAAGGGAAACAAUUCUAAGAAUAAUGCGGCACCCAUGUCCCCCCAACACAUCGUGCAGUUGGUUAUCCAGAGGAAGGCCUCUUACAAUCUGUUGUUUGUCAUGUUGUGUAGGGCUGUAAAGAUACCAUGUGUCUUCAUACGGGGUCUUGCAAAAAGCGCCGCCUAUGAGGUAGGAGACAGAACUGUAGAUAAGUUGGGGAACUCUUGGACCGCCGUGUUUGUAUCCGGUGGGUGGCGCUUUGUGUUUCCGCUUUGGGCUUUUUCAGCCAUUGUCGGGCACAGUACUGGAACCUGGACCCUUGUUGAAUCCGAUGGGCAAGGCGCAAGAGAAACGGAGGCUAAGUCCUCUGGGGUCACCGUCGCCAACUUCAACGACUACUACUUUUUGACCGACCCCGACGAAUUCAUCUACACAUGUUUUCCUCAUGAUUCCAAGUGGCAGCUAUUGGCAAAGCCUUACACAAAGCAACAGUUCAUAGAUAUAGCCAACUGUGAGCAGGCGUACUUUGAAAAUCACAUUCAAAUCACAACAAAGCUGGAAUGCUUAUACAAGUCAGAAAAUGGUGUUUGUGACAUUGGUAUUAAAAAAGCAAAUGAAGAGGAAUUUAAACAUUUGUACAAACUUUACUUCAACCAUGAGUUGUCAAAGACCAGAUUAUCAAAAGAACUUCAGUUAGAUAGGUAUGUCGCCGUCAUGAACAAUAAAUCGGCGGUGAACUUUAGAAUCCGUUUUCCUGGUGAAGGAAUUUACAAAAUGGAGAUCUACGGCGGAUCGCCGACCGGAUUUCCUCUGAUUUGUUCUUUUCGAUUGGAUUGCAAUGAAGGCGUCAGCAAUGUAAAACCUUUCCCAUGUAACCCCGAAUCAGGGUUCGGGCCAAAUCUAGUCACAGUUGCUGGGGGGCUAGAGGCAGAGUCUCAUAAAACAGGCUUUAUCAACGUGAAAAAGAACAAAAAUGUUAACAUAAGGUUCAACCUCAACAAACACGUUCAGGUUCAAACCGUUCUGGUUCACAACAAUAUUCAAGAGGAGGUGCUGAGUCGCCAUGUCAAUCAUAAGGUCAAAGGUCAACACCUAGAGGUCAACGUAGAAGUUCCUCAGCAGGGAGAGUAUGCUUUGCAGAUAAACACAAAACCGAAAGGGUCCUCGGAACCCUUCAAAAACGCCUGUAACUACCUGCUGGCAUCGGAGGACAUGAACAAGAAAAAGAGAUUUUAUGAGAAUGCUGCUGAAAAGAAAGCUCGCAGUGAAUUGGAAGGAUGUCUGAAGUCAAACGACCCGGAAUCCAUACAGAAAGCUAUUGAUAACUUCGACCAGUUUGAUUUGGAUGACAAAGGAAAGAGAGAAAAGGCAGAGAGAAAGAAAAACUUUCUCGUUCUCCAGAAAGAACUGAAGGAAGCAAUAGCGAGGAGAAAUGUAGAUGUGCUGGAGACCGCUAUAGACAACGCCAAGUCUUCCGAAUUCUCGUCCAAUCUCCAGAAUCACAUCACGGAAGCGGAGCAACUACUGGCAGAACUGAGGAAACUAAAGAGGUUUGCACACGAGGUCUUGCAGAUGAAGCAGUCUACCAUAUCAGAGAUCCAUUCCUACAAAAACCCUCGUCCCCUGGCUUAUGACGUCAUGAAAGCGACGUAUUUUCUGCUUGGUGAGAAAGAGGAUCAUUUACAGGAAUGGGAACAAAUUCAGGGUCUUAUGAGAAAAUCCGGAAAACAGGGAUUGCUACGGCGCGUGCGCCAGUUUGACACCAUCAACGUAACGGAGAAUAUGGUGAACAGCGCGGCGCAGCUCCUACGUCAGUACGACGAAGAGACGGCGACGACGGCCAGUGCCGGCCUUGGAACCUUCUAUAAAUGGAACUCGGUUCCUGACACACUGGAUGGGUAUCCUGUUCCUAGACCCUCGCACAACCGGAAGUCGGACGUCCUACAAUUUCUCAAUUUCAAAGAAGUGGAUGAUGAUGCUAGAGACGUGGUUCCCGGUGACUUCAGUACAAUAGAGGACCUUAGCAGACGACUCACAGCGGCCUACCCAAAGACGCUGUCAAAGGUCCGCGCGUUGCUGGUAUGGUUGUCUGCUCAACCUAUUCUCAGUCAAAAGUGGUCCUCUUCCGCUCAAGCCGAAUCUCCAGAUGGCAUACUCAGCAUGAUGCAAAGAGGAGAGAUGUCAUAUGCCACGUUCUUUGCCAUGCUUUGUAGGGCAGUUGAUAUUCAAUGUGUUAUAAUACAUGGAAUCGCUAAAAGUGUCACCUAUGAAGUUGGGGAGACUAACACAGACGGACUGACCAAUUCCUGGAACGCGGUCUUUGUGGGAGGGUCAUGGCGACUUAUAUUUCCACUCUGGGCAUGUCGAAGUGUCGUCGGUCAUAGUACAGGGAAAUGGAUCCUGAAAGAGCCGAAAGAUAUUGGUAAACUAGAACCCGAGAAAACGACAGGCGGUGCUGUGAUACAGCAGCUGAACGAGUUCUUCUUCCUCACAGAUCCUGACGUUUUUCAGUACCACUGCUUUCCAAAUGACCCACUGUGGCAGUUGGUGCCCAAGGUUAUCUCUUUGGAAAAGUUUCUUUCACUUCCGUUUUUAAGACAGGACUUUUUCGAAAACAAACUCAAACUGAUGAGCACUUCCUCAUGUCGGCUCGAAGCCACACGAGGAGAAUGCGACGUAGUCAUAAAGACACCGGAUAACCUGUCGCUAACGUUUUCCUACGAGUUGCAAUUUAGCAGCAAAGACUUGGAUUCAAAACCCCCAUCUCAAGGACAGCCUCAGAAUUGUGUAGCUAUGGUCCACCAGGAUAACAAGGUGUCGUUUUCAGUAAGGUGCCCCACUGAAGGAGUUUAUAAGCUGAAAAUAUAUGGUGGUCGGGAAGGUGACAAGCGGUGGUUAUAUUCAAGUUGCAUCGUGUGUGCUGAAGUAAGCGACCAUAUCAUUCCUUAUCCAACUGCCCCAGACAUCGGUUUCGGGCCCCAGAAACUUACAGAGGAGGCGGGACUUAUAGCAAUGUCUCACAAGUCGGGAUGUGUGCAAGUUCAUAGAAACAAAACCUGUGAAAUUAGUUUUACAUUGACGAAAUUUGUAUUAGUUCAUUCUACCUUGCAUAGAUUUGAUGUAUCUAGCAACAGUCUUGCGCAGUAUGUCUCACAGCGCAUACAAAACGAUAACUUGCGCAUUGACGUCACCCCACCACAAGAUGGCGAAUACACUCUCCACAUCAACUGCAAAGAGAAAGGGUCAAAAAAUGGAUUCAUGAACGUUUGCAAUUAUCUCUUGAAUACUGAUGUCAAGAAUACAAGAUCCUGGGAGAAUGCGCGGGAAAAAGUGGCGAGGCAGGAUCUCAGAGCGAAGACAUUGUCAGUGACCACCAAGAAUGCUAAAGAACUCCAGAAUGCGAUUGAAAAGGCCAACCAACUUUGUUUAGAAGACAAGGGAGAUCUCAAGUUCGCCCAUGAACGUUUAGAUUUACUUCAGAUGCAAAAAGCCCUGGAUGAUGGUAUAAACAGAAGAAAUGUAGAUAUUCUUGAGCCAGCUAUCAAAGCGGCAAAAAUAUCGGAUCAAGUGUAUAAACUUUCGGACCGUAUAAAGGAGGCAGAGGAACUCCGAGACCACUUACUGACCCUGAAGAGAUUUGCACAUGACGUACUCGAUAUGAAGCAGACGACAAUAUCGGAAAUCCAUCGCUAUUCCAUUCCUUCCUCUCUGAUAUUCAACGUCAUGAAAGCAACUUUUCUACUGCUGGGAGAACACCCACAGAACUUGGAAAUUUGGGAAGACCUGCAAGUACUGAUGAGACAGACAGGGAGACAGAGUCUGUUAUACAAGGUCCGGAAGUUUGACACCCUGGGAACAGACAGGGAGUUGGCCACGAGAGUUCUCCACAUUCUGGAGCCCUACACUGUGGAGCAAGUCAGCAGCGCCAGUGCUGGAGCAGGUACCUUCUACAACUGGGCAAAGAACAUAGCCACAGAAGUCAAUGGACGGAAGCAGGGUAAAGCAAAACCAUCCAAAACUAAAAAGAAAUAGGAAGCAUUAGUAGCAUAUAAGAAAUGGGACCACUACUGCCAUAAAACUUGUUUCAAUUUUUAAAAAAUGUUUUAAAUGGAGAACAAUAAAUCAUAAUUCGAUUUUGUUAUUUAUUAGUCUGUUAAACUGAAUUUUUGAAAGUAACUGUUUUCCUUUGCAGCAGUUCAAUGCAUAAUUUCGUAUUUUGUGGUCUGUGCCAAAUAUUAGAGAGGUUGAGAUUUUGAACUGGUACGAGUACCGGUACACGUAACACACCCAACCCCUAGCUUGUGAUAGGUACCUAAACAAUAUCAUCGUUUACAGUUCUUUUCUCCAUAGAUACCAUGAAUUUCUAACGCAAUGCAAAAUCUGGCACUGAUGGC